GACUUGUGAGUCUGUGAGUUGUGAUUGUAGACUGUGUCGGCUUUGCAAAUUAAAUUCAUUUGCCUUGUUAACUUUAAGUUUUGCAGAUAAUACUGUAAUACGAUCACUUUUAUAGUUUAUAUAAUUAUUAAUGUUGCGAGUGGAGUAUUAGGAGAAAAAUGCAACCUACAACAAUGCUUCCUAAACUUUCUGACACGACCCAAACUAUAUCGUUUUCCGAGGAAGAUGAUACGUGCAGUGCGGAGGUGUUCGCCACUGAUGUUGUGGUGACGUCAAAUAUCGGUAACCAUAAUCAUGGUAGUUCCAAAGUAAAACUGACGAAUCUCGUAGAUUACAAUUGGGAGGCUAAAUUUUACCCUGGCCGGUUGAUAGAUGUACACAACAGUGGAAAAUAUUUGGCUUACUGUAUUAAGGCACCAAGUUCUGUGGAUGGUAUGGUUAGAGUGGUGUAUUUGGAGCCAGGUGUGAAUGAGAGAUCACUCAUCAAAGGCAUGAAAGGAGAGGUACAAGAUUUAGCAUUUGCCUUCAUACAGAAUCAAGUGCUUCUAGCUUGUAUAGAUGAACUGGGUUACAUUUACGUCCAUGAAAUUGAAUUGAUAGACAAUAGACUAAGAUGUACACUGAUGGUGGAGAUUCAAGAAGAUACUGGCAUGGGAGGUUCAGCUCACCUACUGGCUUGGUGCCCCUACAUACCUGAUGAAGAUGAUGACUCUACAGAUGAUGAUGUGGCUAGAAUGUUGCUCACCACACAUUCUAAUGUUGCACGCAUGUGGAACGUGCGCGAGGUGUGCGCGCUGGCGGGCGGCGCGGGCGGCGCGGGCGGCGCGGGGGGCGCGGGGCCGGCGGUGGGCGCGGGGCCGGCGGUGGGCGCGGCGGCGGCGCUGGCGCGGGGCGCGGGGCGCGCGGCCGGCUCGCACGCCGCCCCGCUGCGCGCCGCCGCCUUCUCGCCCGACGGCACUGCGCUCGCGACCGCCGCGGACGAUGGAUACGUCAUGUUUGCGCAGGUAUACAUAAACAGUUCAACGAGUCCCCGCUGCCUGCACAAGUGGCAGCCGCACGAGGGCAAGCCACUCACGUGUCUCUUCUUUUUGGAUAACCACAAGAAUUAUAAUGCUGACGUCCAAUUCUGGAAAUUUGCGGUGACCGGCGCGGACAACAACACCAACAUAAAGAUCUGGUCCUGCAAGUCGUGGACCUGCCUCCAGAGCAUCACCUUCACGCCCCCCCUGGGCGCCGAGCCGGCCCUCGGCAUGAAGGCCCAGCUGGACGUGAGCGCGAACUACCUGCUGCUGUCGGACUUCAAGGCGAGGAGCCUGUAUGUGCUGAACAUGGCGAGGGACGGGGGGGACACUGCCGCGUACUGUCGCAGCGUGGCCGAGUUCCUGCUGCCGUAUCAAGUGCUCGGGUUCUGCAUUGUGGAUGCCGAGGAACAGCAGGUGAAAUGCGAGUCGCGGUGCGAAGACCCGUUCCACAGGAACGGCUCCGCCGCUGACGACUCGCCGACUCACUUUGACUUACAUGACAACGAGAUGACGUGCGCGGAUGUGGGCGCGGGCGCGAAGCGCACCCGCCUGCGGCUGUACCUCGUGCAGCCGAAGGGCCUGCAGGAGGCCGACCUGCUCUACACGCACCGCGCCGCCGCGCACCUCUCGCACGAUAUGCUGCAGCUAGACGCGGACGCGGAGAGUCUCACGCUGGAGGAGCCGGCGGAGGACGAGAUGCCGGCCAACAUUCUGCAGCAGCAGACGCAGCAGCUGAAGAACCUGCUGAUGCGGGCGCAGCCGCAGCCGAAUAGCCUGAUCAACCCUCGGCCAGAGUCUCCCAGCAGCAUGCCGCAGUUGAAUCUGAUGACACCAGACGCUUUUAGUUCACCAGGCAAGCGCGAUGAAGAGGAAGUGGUUGUGACAGCACAAGAGAACGGAAACACCCUGCUCGCUGCUGAGUGCGACGAGGAGGUGCUGGUGAGCGAGGGGUCGGUCAAGCAGGUGUCGGGCGGCUCGUCGCCCAGCAGAGAAGUGCAGCAGAUUAUGUCGCACAAUGACUACUAUAAGGAGGAAGACGAAGAGGAGUCGCAGCCGUCCCCCGGGGAGGGCGAGGCGGCCUUCCCCGCGGACCUGUACGUGUCGCCCGAGAAACCGCCCCCGCCCGCCAAACUGCAGCACUCCAAUAGCGACGUAUCAUGGCCCCAAAUAUCGCUGGCUCAGAUCACAGAGGCGAAUCAAAGGAAAGCUUCUAACGACAAGACAAGCCAGCCACUCCCGGCGCCGCCCGUCGCGGUUGAUGACGUCACUCGGGCGAAACUAGAACUGCUGGAGCAGAAGAUCGACAAACUAACAGAGGCGGUGGCGGCGAGCGCGCGCGAGGCGCGGCAGGCGCGCGGCGAGGCGCGCGGCGCGCGCGAGCAGCUGGAGCGCGCGCUGCACGAGCACGCGCAGCGCGCCAGCGCCUCGCUCGACGCCGCCUUCGCUAACGGGUGGGAGCGAAUAGCCCGCAUCGGCGAAUCGGCUGGCAUCAGCGCGGCGCAAGCGGCGGGGCUCGGCGCCACGCGCACGCUGGAGCAGCUCUCUGCCAACAUACAGCGCGACAUCGCCGCCAAGCUGGCUUCCACUGAUCAGAUACUGCGGACUAACAUCGACAAGCUGGCUAAUAGCAAGGCGGUGGCGGAGCUGGUGGCGGGCGCGGCGGGCGAGGCGGCGCGCGCCGCGCUGCGCGACGCGCUGCGGGACCACGCGCUGCCGCUGCUCGACAAAGCGCACGCGCAGCUCUUCCGCCAGGUCAACCAGGCCUUCCAGGCCGGCACCAAGGAGUUCGCGGCGAACACGGAGGCGGCGGCGCGCGCGGCGGCGGAGCGCGGCGGCGCGGCGGCGGCGGCGGCGCUGCGCGCGGCGCUGGAGCAGCACGCGGAGGCGCUGGCGCGCGCCGCGCCGCUGCACCCGCACCACUUCGCCGCGCAGCUGCAGGACGUGGCGCACAGCGUGCUAGAGAAGGAGAUGAGCUGGUGGCGCGAGCAGGCGCGCAGCGUCGCGCAGGCGUCGCGCGCGCACUCGCCCUCCACGCCUUCGCUCUCGCUCGCCGAUAGGCAGAUGCAGGCGAGCCAGAUCCAGUCGCUGAUAAUGAGCGGCGACGUGAACGGCGCGUUCCAGCUGGCGCUGUCGGCCGCCGACCUGGGGCUGGUGGUGGGCGCGUGCCGCGGCGCCGAGCCCGCGCGCGUCUUCGGCCCGCCCUGCCGCCUCAAGCAGCACGUGCUGCUCUCGCUCGUGCAGCAGCUCGCCGCCGACAUGGCGCGCGACACGCACCUCAAGCAGCGAUACUUGGAAGAAGCGAUCAUGAACCUGGACACAACAAACCCAGUAACUCGAGAGCACCUGCCCACAGUCAUCCGUGAGCUGCAGAAGCAAAUUCUGGCUUUCCUGCAGACAAACCCUGGACACGAACUCACAAGGCAGUUCCGCAUGCUGCUGAUGGCCACCGAGGUUCUCGUGAAGAACACCGCUUGACAAACUUGCUGCCACUGUGCCUGCGCACGAAAAUACUCAACUGUGACUUAGUGUAUAGUGAUAAAGUGACAACUAAGUGUAAAAGAAGUGACAAAGUGCUUGGCAAGACUGUGUGACUGAAACUGUAACAUGGAGGGGACAAUAACGAUGAUUGAAACUGAAAUGGUGAUGAAAAACGUCAUCGAAAUGGGACAGAUAGUGUAAUUAACCCAACAGACAAGUGGUCGACGUGUUGAACAUUGUUAAUCAAUCAACUGUGCAAAUGACCAUAAUGUCUCGAUUAAGAUGGACUUGUCCAGAUUUUUAACUAGUGACAAAGUGAUUAUAAGUGGCAAUUAGAUAUAAAAAUUAUAACUGAUUUGACAGACUUUAUUACGAUAUUAUUUUGUGCUGACAGCUUUUGAUAUGUUGUUUAAAGAAAAUAAAGUGUAUAUAAUGUCUAUUGUUAUAUAAGUGCCUCAUUAAGUAACUAAAUGAAGAUUUAUUUCUAGUUAAACUUGACCUGAUACUGAAAAUUAUUUGCAUUGCGACUUUCAUAACAAAUUAUUCAUAUAUAUUUUUGUGUUAUUUUAAACAGACAGAUAGCCUUUGUUCUGCUACUCCUAUUCUGCUUCUUGUAGAAAAAUAUCUUCUUUAUUUGUAGCUCUAUUUAGAUAUUAAUUCCAACAACCCUGAACUCGUCAACAAAAUAAACAUUUGCAAUUUUUCUUCAUUUUUUGGGUGAAAUGGCUUUUGAGUGACCAUACAAACUCUAUAAGUUAUAAACUAAGGCUGGUAACAUAUUUAAAUUAUUUAACAGUCAUACCAUACUUAAAAAAAAUAAAGUAUUUUAAAGACAUAUUUUAACAGUAUGACUACAAAUUGAUGUAAAUUUGUUACAGUAUGGCAGUAGGCUCUUUUAUCCACUGUAUAUUUUAUUCAUAUACAUAUACACUAUAUAUUAUAUACACUCACUGAUUUCUCUGUCAAGUGUAGUAUAUUUUAUUUAAAUAAAUAUUAUCUGUGGCCAAGUGUAGACCAAUUUUGAAUAUUUUUUUGUAAAUUAUUGUCC